AUGCAAAACAAUAAUCUUCCAAGAUCAAUAAGCUGGUCUGAACUCCCACUAGAACUCCUCAGAUCAAUAGCCAAAUCCUUGAAAAAAAACCCCAAUGAUCUCCGCAACUUCCGAGCUGUUUGCAAGAAUUGGCAACGCUCUACCUCUAUUUCCGUUCUUUUACCCUUUUGUGACUACUCUACACUCUCUUACAAUCUUUUUACCUCCUCUGUCUUACUCCUUCGCCCUCCCUCGGGUUUAUCAGGUUCCAGUUCCGGUUCCCAAUUUGACACCCCGUGGAUGGUCAGUGUCGUCGAGAUCACCAAAGGAAACAUCCAAUACUGUCACCCUUUUUCUCAAACUCCUCAUUCGAAUCUCCUUAAAAACUUUGAUGUAACUCAAUUUCACCCCUCGGUCCUCUCCGAGUCUUACCACAUUGCGUCUUCUAGUGAUAUUAGCCUCUCCUCGGCUAUUGCGGGUGUUGAUAAAGUGGUGGUUUUCUCAACACGGCCUAUCCCUCGAAUCAAUGACUGCUUACUGUUGGUCCUGCAUAAUGGGAGAUUGGGUGGAUACCCGUCUUUCGAGGCUGAGGAUGAUAAGCCGGAGUGGGUUGACGUGUCGUAUCGAGGAGUGGAUGAUUUCGAUGACAUUGUAACCUUUAAGGGAGUAAUUUACGCUGUUGAUUGGGAAGGGAAGCUCUAUCAAUUAUUCAACCAUAAAGUUGCUGUUCAGAAAACUCUGGUGUCUGCAGCAGUUUCUGAUGCAGGUGCUUACAAAGGAUGGCGAAAGCGAUUGGUAGGAUCAAUGCUAGAUCAGAAACUGUACUUGUUUGUGAGGUAUCAGAAAGAUAUGUUAAAAGUAUUUAAGCUGUCUAAACAUGGGAAGAUUUGGAAUUGGGUUAUAAUUCAAAGUUUUGAGGAUAAAAAUCAAGUGCUGUUUAUGUCAAGUGUGUAUGGUUUCUUUGUUCCUGCUAGAUAUUUCUCUGACUGCCAGCUUCGCAACUGCAUUGUCUUCUCGGAUAAUGCAUUUCCUAUCUAUUCGUUCCGUGGUUGGGUGUCUGGUGUGGAUGUUAAAGUCGAGGAAGAGAUUAUGGUGUUUCAGCUAGGAACGCGUGAUGAUCAGAAUACUUUUCGACCAAUUUCAAGCUACCCGAGUUUUCCUGUUAAACUCUGGUCACCUCCUUCUUGGGUGUUGCAGCCUCAAAUAUCAUCUCCCUUGCAACUGCAUUCUGAUCAGAGGUAA